AUAAUGACUAGUGUCAACUCAUCAAUUGCAGCCUCUCUCAUUCGCCAAACUUUCAUCUGAAAAGAAAAAACAAAAUUCAAGAAGUCAUACAAACUUAACUGGUAAUAAUUACCAAGUUCAAAAAUCACACAAUGCUUUUCUAUAUUUUGGUAUCUGUGCUUUCUUUUGCACGAAGCCAUGACACACUAGCUGGUAUAACAAGGGAUGAUUUUGAGUUCAACUUUGCGAACUUUAUCAAGCACGAGAGUUCGUACCUCAAUGUAACAACCCUAGUCAGUCACUUCGUGGAAGGAGAAGAACAUUGUGUGAAAAAAUGCAAAGACAACAAUGCGUGUUUAUCCAUCAACAUGGCGGCUCAGCCGAACUCUAAUGCUUUGCACUGGUGUGGUCUUCUUUCCACCGAUAAAUACAACGAGUCGAUGAAGUUCAUCAGCGGCAACGAGACCUCGAUCCACUACAGCAUACAGAGCCCGUGUGCUGGCGGGGCGUGUCUCCAUGGAGGGACGUGUUACCCAUCAUACCGAGACGGAGACUUCAGAUGCGCUUGCCCUCCGCUAUACGCCGGCAAGGCCUGCCAGAAAUCCUGCUCAGCGCCUCUUGGCAUGGAGGACGGGCGAAUUCCUGACAGCCUGCUACAAGCAUCAUCCAUCUGGGAAAACAGGAAUGACCACUCCCCAGCUUACGGGAGACUGAACAUGGUACAUGAUCCAUUUUCAAACAAUUUCGGAGCCUGGUCCGCUUACUCAAAUCAAGUAGGGCAAUAUCUUCAGAUAGGUCUAGGGACACUGAACAUAAUCACUGGGGUUGGGACCCAGGGUCGGGUGCCUAGUAAUCAGUGGAUCACGAGAUAUACGAUCCAGUACCUACCAGAGGGGAGUGAUGUGUGGAAUAGCUACCUGGAGAACGACGUUGUUAAGCAAUUCCAGGGUAACAGUGACGGUAGUACGGUCGUCAUUAACACUCUCGACCCAUACAUCAAGACGACAACCGUGAGAAUCGUAGCUCAGGCGUGGCAUAAUUACGUGUCACUCAGAGCAGAACUCUACGGCUGCACACCUCCUUAACAGGCAACUCAGUGGGGCGGAUCCAGAUUACCCCCUCCCCAAGUUUGUUUAGUAGCUAGGAAGAUCAGAUUUGCCGCACAGGUACAUUCCUUGGCUGUUUUCAGUUUUAAGCUUUAAACCCAAAUUCCACGAAAAAAUGUUAUUCACGUGUAUUUCAGUAUUUAUAUUGUUGCUUGCUCUUAGAGACAUCCAGAAAUCUGGAUAAGCCUGUGGCUAGACAGAAACGUGUCUGAAGGACAUAAGUCAGAGAAGAGCAUAAAUAUUAUGGUAUGUUUUGGUACCCCCUGCACUAUUAGUUUACCCCUCCCUUUCGAGAAAUCCAGGAUCCGCCUCUUCAGCUAUAGCAAAUGGUACCUUGCUGCUGCAGGAAAAAGCACUUACGCACUACAAUCAGCACAGUAGGACUGUAUUAAUGAGGACACCGUUUCCUACCCACAAAGCUGUUCUCUUUAACGGGGUGCUCUUUAAACGUGUUUCAAUUCUAGAAAAUGUAUAGAGAUGUCUCCUGUCAUCGGUGAAAACUGCCCAUGUUAACAAGGUGUCGAAAUGUAUAGAUGUAUGCCUUCGGGGCAAAACUCUCUUUGAUAAAAAGUCUUGUCAAAACAUAUGAAGAUAUCUUUCAUUGGAAGAAAAGUGUCCUUCCUAACAAGGUUUCCUAAAUCUGCAGUGCAGGUAGACUUCAGUGUAGAUUUUGCUCACCAAUAAAGUAUAGUUUUACGCAAAAGCGAAGGGGUUUCCUAAACCUCCAUGAUCCAUAAUAUUGCGAGAAAUUUGGUCCGUGAUUCAUGAUUGCUACCUAUUUCAUCCUCCUGUCUAUUGGCUAAAAUAAAGUACAGUCCUUACCCGCUA